AUGGAUCUGGGGUCCAGCAGCAGCCAGGGUGGGGGCUCAGAGAUCACCUUCCAGUUGUGGCUGCAGCUGCUCCUCUGGGCCCACCUGGUUCUCCGUUUCCUGGGCUACCUGCGUCACAGCUUCCAAGGACCUAAGCCGCAGCCAGCACCCUGA